ACCCUUACAAAGUUACAAGAAGGUUAUCCGUUUGGACGAAUGAAGGCACUGAAUGAAUGAUAUAAUGGAGCAUCAGAAAAGCUAAAAUGCGAUUUGAGACGAUGAAUUGUGGGAAAUUGAGGGUCACCCCUCCUACUCAUAAUCCUACUACCUUCCAUAACUCUACACAUUUAUACAAACGUCCUUCUCCUCUAAAGUUUUUUGCUUCAUGGCUUCCAAACUUUGCUACUCAUAACAAUCCCUUCGUUGCUUCAGCUUCUUCCGUUACUGGUUCAGAGCAGUUGUUGGAUAUGGGAUCAAAGAAGAAAAGGAAAGAGAUAGCUGGAAUAGAUCAAGAAGAUUUAGUGGAUCCAAAGCUUUUAGCUGAUCCAGAUAGUUAUUUUUGUGAGUUCAAAGGAGUGCAUAUACACCACAAGAUACAUGAUGCUGAAUCUCAGACACAAAGCAUUUUCCAGAACCAGACUCAUGUUUCUAAUCAAAUCAACAAGCUGUGUUUGCCUAUGAUUCUGUUACAUGGGUUUGGAGCCUCAGUGUUCUCUUGGAAAAAGGUUAUGAAGCCUUUGGCUGAGGCUACUUGUUCAAAAGUUUUAGCUUUUGAUAGGCCAGCCUUUGGAUUGACAUCUAGGGUAAACUUAUCUUCUGAAACAGGAGACACAAAACCUCUAAAUGCAUACUCCAUGGCAUUUUCAGUGCUUGCUACCUUGCACUUCUUUGAUUUAUUAAAAGCUGAGAAGGCAAUUUUAGUAGGGCACUCAGCCGGUGCACUUGUAGCCGUUAAUACAUAUUUUGAAGCUCCUGAGCGGGUUGCUGCUAUCAUCCUAAUCGCCCCAGCAAUUUUCGCGCCACUAACUACACCCAAAAUUGUUAAAGAGAAUCAAUCAAAACAAGAUAAUCAAAUGAAAGAAGACAACAGUUCUAUCAGAAAAAAUCCAAUUGUUGGACUUUACAAGUUGUUGUCCAAGAUUACCAAGAACAUUGCAAUGGCAAUAACAGGAAUGAUGAAGCAGAUGACAGAUAUGCUCAACUCUCUGUAUAGGAAACUGUUAUCAACUAUCCUGCGUUCUUCCCUUGCGAUAAUGCUGUUAAGAAUGGCAAUUGAUAAGUUUGGUACCGCUGCGGUUCGAAAUUCAUGGUAUGACCCAAAUCAGGUCUCUGAACAUGUUCUUAGUGGUUAUACAAAGCCAUUGAGGAUUAAGGAUUGGGAUAAGGCACUGGUGGAAUACACUGCUGCAAUGAUUUUGGAUGAGGAAUCUAAUACAAAGCCGUCACUUUCUAAAAGACUUAAUGAAAUAUCUUGUCCUGUUCUGAUUGUAACCGGUGAUAGUGACCGACUAGUUCCUUCGUGGAAUGCUGAGAGACUUUCAAAAGUCAUACCAGGAGCAUCGCUUGAAGUAAUUAAGCAAUGUGGCCAUUUGCCACAUGAAGAAAAAGUGGAGGAGUUUAUUGCAAUUGUUGAAAACUUUCUAAGGAUGUUUGCGGGCAAUUCCAACAAACAAUAUCUACAACCUGCAAUGUGAACUUUGUACAACUCAGGCUUCCCAUUUUACUUCACAGCAAAUCCAUAUAAUACAGGAAGAUACUGACGCAAUUGAUCAGAUGGAUGGCGAUCAUUUAGGGCGUCUUGAUUCAUACUCAUUAAAUUCAUCAGGCAUGAGAGACCAAUUAAAGAAAAGCCUGGAAGUGGAAAAGUACCUAUACACAAAAUAAAUUUUAUAUCGCAUUAUAUUGCUAGCCUGCUAUAGUCCUUGAAGAUAUCUUAUUUAUGUUAAGCUCCCUGAAUUAUCUGUAAAUCCAUUUAUAGUAUACGCCAUAGGGCUACUAUAUACACCAUUUGGUAAGCAAUCUCUAAAUUAUAUAUUCAAUUUCUGGAAAUGGAUAACUACAGUAGUUUUUAUAAUA